AGCAUUUUCAAGUAUUUUCGGCUUUAGGUAUGGGAUUCAGAUAAUACAAGUGCGGUAUUUACAUUAGAAACGCUUCGCACAAUAAUGACGUCAAAACGGAAACGGGUACUGUUGUCAAUUGCCGAGAAAUACGAUAUUAUUCAGAUGAUGAGAGAAGGUGAGACUCACAAAGCCAUAGCAAAAAAGUACAAUAUUGCACUUACCACUGUGGGCAAAAUAAAAGUACGCAACGCAGAAAUAACAGCAGAAUUCCAGAACAGCUCAGCGGCUGCUAGCAGUUCCGCAAAAUAUUUGAAAAAGCCACAGGGUAUGGAAUUAGAAAAAUUUCUUUACCAGUGGUAUUUACGAAAUAAAGAUAAAAACAUACGAGUGACAGGACCAGUGAUAUCCAAAAAAGCUAUGGAAUUUACGGAAAAAUUACAGGGAGAAUCUACUUUCACAGCCAGUGCCCGUUGGGUGUCAAAAUUUAAAUCACGUUACCAUAUCCGUGAAAAGGAUGUCGAUGAACAUUUUCGAAUGACAAAUCAAGCUGAAGCGGAUAUCACCAAAAAUGACUUUGAACAACUUCUGUUAAACGAGGGAUACUCAUUGGAGAACGUUUACAAUGCCGAUAAUAUAGGAGUAAUGUGGAGAGCAGUACCAGAAGAAACUUGUAUCUUCCACUGUGAGAGAACGAAAACAAGCAAAAGAAGGUUCAAAGAAAAAGUUACUACAUUUCUUUGUGUAAAUGCCACCGGAAGUCACAGGUUGCCAAUACUAAUAAUAGCCGGAAUUGAGAAAUCUCUACGUAACAAAAAUAUUGAUAUAGAAGAUCUGCCAAUUAUGUACAGAGCUAACACCAGGGGUUGGAUGGACAGAAAAAUUUUCAAUGAAUGGUUCGAUGAAUGUUUCUUAAAAUCAAUUAUAGAAAGACAAAUAAAAACCGGGCGCAGAGAAAAAACUCUGUUGUUGCUAGAUAACGCUAGCUUGGAUCACGAAAGCGGGUUAGUAAGUACAAAAGAUGAAUUUGUUAAUAUCAUGUAUUUUUCAUUUGAUGCUACACCGCUCAUACAACCAAUGGAUCAUGGAAUAAUCGCAUGUUUCAAGCGAAUGUACCGAAAAGAAUUACUGGAAACAAUAAUGCCAUUACCUUACUACCAUACAGAGGACGAACUCAUAAUAAAUCAUGACAAAUUAAAGUUCAGGGAUUGUUGUCGCAUAAUGCGUGAUGCUUGGUUAAAUGUCUACAAUGCAAUACUGAAAAACGCAUGGAACAAGCUUUUGAAGCAUGAAAGCGAAGAGAGUGCGGAAGACUUACAAAUAAUAGAAAGAGAUAUAGAUGAAAUAUUGCAAUUACUGCAAAAAUUACCAGGAUGCGAAGGGUGUGACAGAGCCUCCGUAAUAAGCUGGUUUGAAAUUGAUAAAAGACAUGAUAUCGACAAACAAGUAAAUAUCGCCGAUAUACUUAUAGAUUUUAUAAAGGAAAAUAUGGCUCCAGGCGAGAAAGAAUAUACAGACAGCUUUGAAGAAAUACUUGAUGAUAUCUCUCGAAAAAAGAAUUAGAUGAUUUGAGCUACAAAAUGAAAAUAACUCGAAGGAAUUACAUAUAUUAAGACAUGUAUAUUAAAAAAUAGAUUAAGAAAUAUAAUAUGUAUUAUUAACAAGAAAGGUAUGGGGCGCGUAAGAUUUUAUGUAGCGUUUAAUUGCUUCUUAAUACCAUAUGGUUCCAAAUAUAUGAUACUCAGUACAGAAAAAGCUGUUGUUAUUCAAACAUAUUCAUCAUUAUUAGUUCCGAUAAUCAAGGUUCCUCUGUAUGUGGAAGACAAGGAAAGCCGCGAAAUGGUAUUCUGGUAUUUACAUUAUCUUUGACCUUCAUACUUUCAAUUUGAAAAAUUAGAGUUAAAGUAACUGUCAAAUUAAACCUUUAUAGGGAAUAUCGAGAUGGAUCAAUUAAUGUAUUAAACAAAUAUAUGGUCCCACAAGAAAAUAAUGAUGACCUUCAAAUCUUAUUCAAAAAAUGGCUCUCAGAAAAAAACAUUAUCUACCAUUGCGUGUGCUUCUCCAUAUAGCAUAACUUUGUCCUGUAUAGCUUUUUCAUACAACCAU